AGUGUGAAAAACUACAUUCUUCAUGUCAUUAUUAUGAUUAAAGUUAAACCACCAAUUCUUCAAUCGUGUUUAACACUGUCCACAACCUGGACAAACCUGGACAAAAUUCGUCACUCUAAAAAGCGGCGUUUACUCCGCCAGGACGCCGCUUUUUACAUUUAUUUUCACGUCAUGUUUUUUUUUUCAUGACGUGAAUGACGUAUUUUGUCCAGGUUGGACUAUCUUGUGGCGGUAUAUCAGUGUGACAGACCCAGGAAACAGUGCUGCGGAGCAGUCAUUGCCAUGGAGCUGUACCUGGACCUCUACUCUCAGCCCUGCCGCUCCGUCUACAUAUUCGCCUCAAAGAACAACAUCCCCUUUGAGUUCAAGAAGCUGUCUCUGCUGGAAGGCGAGCAGUAUGGAGAAGAAUUUGGGAAGAUCAACUUGAUAAGAAAGGUCCCUGCUCUGCGAGAUGGAGACUUCUGCCUGGCUGAGAGCAUUGCCAUCCUGCUGUAUCUGGCAGAGAAGUUUAAGACUCCGGAUUUCUGGUACCCAGCUGACCUCCACCAACGCGCUUGCAUCAACGAGUAUCUGUCAUGGCAGCACACAACUGUCCGUCUGCAUGGAUCCAAGAUGUUCUGGCUCCGGCUUUUGAUUCCCAAGAUUCUGGGCGUGGAUGUCCCGCAGGACAAGUUGGAUUCAGCCUUGGAGGACUUAAAUGGAUCCUUGAAACUCCUGGAGGAAAAGUUUAUCCAGGACAAGCCAUUCAUUGCAGGAGAUAACUUCUCAUUGGCUGACCUGGUUGCCAUUGUGGAGGUUAUGCAGCCUGUUGGAUCCGGCCUGGAUGUGUUUGAGAGCAGACCCAAACUGAGUGCAUGGCGGGACAGAGUCCAGGCUGCAAUUGGGAAAGAGCUGUUUGAUGACGCCCACCAGUCCCUCCUGGGAGCCCAGGAGAGUGUGACAUUGAUGGACGCCAGCAAGAUGCAGUUCUUCAAGCCCAAGAUCCUCAAAUUGUUCAUGUGAAGAGAACAUUGGUUCAGUCUAAACUAGCUUGGUAAAUUUUGUGGUAACUCAUUACAAUCAGCGUUGGUAAGUUGUAUGAAUCUGGUACGAAUAAAAUACUAUGGGGAACAAGUUCAUGACAAUGGUUUUAACAACUUUUUUUCUUAUUGUGUCAUUAAAACCCUAACCCUUGUAUGAGGACUUCCCUCAGUGGCAGUAAAAGCACCAGAAUGUUUUCCCUCAGUAUUGCAACAUGUGAUUUGCUGGACCGGGCCUUGGAGGCAGAAAGGCGCAGUUGUUUAUUCAGGCAGCCUGAUUAUGUAACAUAGAGGAAUGUGAACUUUGAGAUAACUGCACACAUAUUUCCUUAAAUCUUCUCUGUGGUCAAAUGCAGUCAAUCAGCUGUGUUUCAUGUGAUGUUCUUUCAAGCCUCAAUAAAUAGUGCUCUGUG